UGUUUACCUGUUGAUCCCUUUAAAUCGGUUUUAAAAGUCGGCCGCAAGUACAAGAAUCUUCUCAGUAGCAGUCGUAGUAGUAUCUUUACACUCGUUGAGGCGGUUUUAGUGAGGCAGGGACGUGGACGGCUUAUAUUGGUGGGAAAGAAUCAGCUGGGCAGCAGUGGAGGCAUCUGGCGGUGGAGGGUGGGACCAUCUUGACAACAAGAGGCUAUGGAGGCGCACAGACCUAUACUGUCGUGAGCUCUCCCUGCUUGGGUGAGCUACGUGCCGCAUUUGUAAUACGCGUAAGUGAAGCUCUAACAUACUUGAUGCCUUGCUAAUAGUCAUAUCAUAAUACAGCGGAUCUAAAAGUGAAUGAGGUCGAGUGUCAGACCCAUCCCCAGCUGGUGUGUUGGCCUGCCACCACCAGGAGUUUGGUCUACCCUAGUCAACAGAUUCUUCACAUUCUGCGCCCCUGUGUGUCGGCACUUACAGAAAGUUCUGUGGUCUACAUGAAUUACAUAUGCCAUCUGUCUGCUUCAUUCAGCGAUGUGAUGAGAAGUUUACAAUGAGAAAGAAACAGAUACUGCUCCUGAAGGUGGGCGUGGUAGUAUGGCUAUGUGCAGUAUAUGCUCUCUUCAUACAUAAACCUGCAUCUACCAGUGUUCAGAUUUCACAGAGCAUCAACCAACAGUUAGAUAAGCUUGAAGAAGAGUUAAAUGGCCAGUUGCAGUUUUAUAAUGGACUCCUAGAAAAGCUUCGAAUACUGGGGCAUCAGCAGGAUAUUAAUGGUGGCAGUGAUGCUGUGGCUGAUAGUCAAGGAGGGCAAAGGCCGUCAUCAGGGUCACCUCUAUAUAAUGGUCCAGUUCUUCCUGUGCUGCUAAUAGCUUGUAACCGUGAGUCUGCUGUACGGCGAUCACUUGACCUUCUUUUGAAAUACCGACCGAGUCAGGACCGUUUUCCAAUAAUUGUGUCACAAGACUGCGGUCACAGACCAACACGUGAAGCAAUUGAAUCAUAUGGGGACAAGAUCAUAUUAAUACAGCAGCCUGAUCUGAGUGACAUUGACGUGCCUUUGAAAGAGAGAAAAUUUAAGGGUUACUUCCUUAUUGCUCGACAUUAUAGAUGGGCACUUAAUCAGCUGUUCCAGAAAUUUAACCAUGAAGCCGUCAUUAUUGUGGAAGAUGAUUUAGAUGUUGCACCAGAUUUCUUUGAGUACUUCUCUGCAACUUAUCCUAUCCUGCAAUCUGACCCAACAUUGUGGUGUGUGUCUGCUUGGAAUGAUAAUGGAAAGGCAAAUUUAGUGGAUGUGAAGAAUGGGACCUCCAUUUUGUAUCGAACGGAUUUCUUCCCGGGCCUUGGCUGGAUGAUGACAAAGGAGUUAUGGGAUGAGCUUGGAGUUAAAUGGCCAAGAUCCUAUUGGGAUGACUGGGUAAGAGCCCCAGAGCAACGAGCAGACCGAGCAUGUAUCAGGCCUGAAGUGUCACGAACACGCACCUUUGGCAAAAAAGGUGUUAGCAAUGGCUUGUUUUAUGAGAAGCAUUUAAAGCAGAUACACCUAAAUGAUGCCUACGUACCAUUUUCCAAAAUGAAUCUUACUUACUUGCUGAAGGAGCAGUAUGAUCCAGUGUUUGAGCAGCAAGUUCAGUCCAGUCAGGUGGUGUCCAUCAUUGAUAUAAAAAGUGAUCGUUUAACUAAGGGUAACACUUACAGACUUAUAUAUCACACUAAAGAUAACUUCAAGAAGAUGACAAAAGCCCUUGGCCUUAUGGAUGACUUCAAGGCUGGAGUACCAAGAACUGGAUAUAAGGGUGUUAUUACAUUCUUCUACGGAGGCCUCAGAAUUUUUCUAUCUCCAAGUAAUAACUGGAAAGGAUACAACCCUUCCUGGAGCUAGCAGCAUCAUAUGAAGUAGACUCAAGUUAUCGGGGCACAUGGAGAAGUUUUGGUAUUUAAGUCCCCUUUAUCUUAAAAUAGACAAAGUAAAUAUUGUAAAUUGAUAGAUACUAUUUAUGUUACAUGAGCCAGGUAAAGUUUAUGUUAUUGUUUUAUGAGCUUAAAGUUUUUAUUUAACAGUUCACUUUUUACUGUGAUUAAAUAUCAUUUUCAUUGGGUUGUCAUCUAUUGAAGUUAUCAUGUAUCACAUAUCUGGAUGACAUCCUUCAUUAUCACUCAGAAUAAGGACCUUCUCACCUACACAUCAUGUGCAUUAUAAUUAUUACUGGUAUGAAUUUUUUAUGAAAAUUAUAUGUUUGUAUUUGAACUGACCCUUAACCUAAACAACAACAAAAAAUGCCACACACAAUACAUGAACUGAUGAUGAUUCUUUUAUAUUAGUUACUUUGGUUGCAUUGCUACUUUUAUUUCCUUCUCUAAGGUACUUGUACUAUAUAAACUAAAGUAAAGUCCAUAAAUAUCCAGUAGGUGAUGACAGCCUCCUAACAUUAAAAGCUAGAGCUAUUGUGAAUGGUGCAGACCCUGACCAAAUAUAGCUCAAACCCUAAAAUUAUUUGGACAAGCAGUGUCUACAGCUAAUAUUUGGAAGUAAUUUACAUUAACCUCCCAAUAGUCAGGCAUUAUUAGUUCCAGAAGCAUUCUGGAAUUGGGAAUUUUCUGGACUAUUGGGUUCCCUCCUACAACAAGCAUUACUGGUGCCCAUGGAAAGUUAAAAUCUUGUAAAAGACAGCACCGGUGUUGCUACCCAUCUUUUUCAGAACACUUAGACCAAGUUAAAAAAAUUGGUAAGAGCUUCAGUCAUUGGCUGUCCAAUUCUCUCAUCAUUAGUCAUUACAAUAUACUGUACAGUAUGUACCGUUACUGGGAUCAAUAUUCGUGGCAUACAUCAUGUGAUGGUGAUGCAGGAUCUUUUACUGGUAUAAAAUCAUUGGAAAAACACAGAAUGUAUUUGUGAAGUUAUUGCAACAGUGUGAUGUGAAGCCUAACUCAGUAUGGUUGGGAAGUGGCAUGCUGACUUUUUCUGCUAAGUACAAGGUAGCAUUACCAGAGGGAGGCUUCAGCCAAUCAGAGGCUGAAGAAUUUCAUUCCACAGGAAGUGUGGCAUGGCUGAGUUACUAAAGACCGGAUGAAGAUUAAUAAUUAUAAUUGUUAUGUAUUUGUUGUAGCGUUGGACUUUAGAGUGAGCUGCCGGGUGAUAAGUGGCAUAUCCACAAUUGAAAAAUGCCAGACUAUUGGUUGCAGAUGUACCAGUAUGCUGGACCAUUGAAAAGGUAGUGCUCCUACUAAUUACUACCAAGUACCUUCUUAUAUAUGAUAUAUUGAAAGGCCUGCACAUUUAUCCAGCACUAAUCAGAUACUGACUAAUCCAAGUUAGUACAUGUGUGAUUACCUCACCAGGUGUAUGUGGGGGAGCCAGUCCUGUUCUUGUCAAGACUUUUAAUUUAUCAUCAUUUGCUACAUUAAAAUUCAAAUCGGUCUAUAUUGAAGACAAAAUCUGUUUGAAAUGGAUAAAUUGUUGAAUUAAACUGGCAUGAUGCAUUUUGGAUGACUUUAUGUAGUGAGUGGUAUAGGAUUUUUAGAGAAGUGUUUCGGAGUUGAGGUUGUGUUGAGAUACUUGAGGUUGGCAAUAAUUCAUUAUGCAAAGUGUAUUCAGAGCUAUGAAGAGGUUUUUAAAUACUGGAGAGCAAAUGGAAGAGUAAUUGCAUGUUUUAGAUGUAUGGAAAAAGUGUUUUAAGCGUUGGAGAUGCAGUGAGACUGUUAUAAGUUGGAUGAUUUUAAAAUGUUAUAAGUAUAAAGAGAAGUCAGGUAACUGUACUUGGAGUUGGUUGAAAAAAAAAAAGGAAAACUGUUGGGGCAAGAUUAUGAUAGGUUUAAAAGGUGAUGAGGAAAUGUUGACAUUUUGCAGAUGUGACAAUGUACAGUACAGCAUUGGAGGAGGACACUUGGAAUGUAUUGUAGACACAUUCAAGUAGUGGUUGUAAAUUGCAUGAGCAUGUGGAUUAUUUCUGUUUUGGAGGAAUAUGAAAAAUAUUUGCUAUACUGUACCUGUAAUUGGAAGAGUACUGUAUUGGAGUAAUUUUGAUUUCUUGAAAAUGGAGGUAUAAAAAUGGUUGGAUGCAUUAAAUAUUAUAGAGUGAUAGGAAUACAGGUAUACCUUGCUAUAUGUUGUUUCAUGUUUAUACGUUAUUGAGGAAUUAGAGAAAAAUACAUAUUUUCCAAAAAUGAAAAAAAAUCAUUCGACAACAAGAGACUAUUUUGGGUAGCCUUAGAAUGCCGAAUAACCAUUGAAUUCAUCUGUUGCAUCCCCACCCUAACAUCAUUUUGUGCAUUAGUGCCACAUUUGCUUGAUCUUGUCUGUUUACAGUGAGUUAAACCUUACCCAAAUCCUGGAAAAUGUCUAGGAAGUCAUAUUUUUGCCUCUGGUAAGAAAAAAAAAGGGAAAUAUUUUAAUCUAAGUGUUAAAUUAGAUGUUUUAAGGUGCUUUAAAACUGCCAAAUGAGUAGUUGACAUCACCAGAGUGCUUGGCCCACCUGGCAUCUUCAGUGAUUCUGAUCCAAACAGAGAAGGUAUCUCUACAGAUAACAAGUUAAUAACCAAUGACAUUAAUUGCUACAGGGAGCUGUACAAACAAAAGAAGAGAGCUGUCCAGCUGUCCUUGGACCAAUAUUUUAGACGUUCAUCCUCAGAUGAAGAGGCAGACAAUCCUGCAGUUUCAUCUCUGUAAUUCUACCAUUGCCUACCCCAGAUGGCCUCUAUAGUGUAUGCAGUUUCUGUAACCAACUCGGGUAAAUGUUAUCUUAUUGACAUAUAUUUUAUAUCUAAAUAUUUAUUUUAAUUUAUAAUAAUAUAGUUGGGUAUCUAACUAAUUAAUAUUUUGGUGAGAAAAUUUUGGCCAGAAAUGUUCCCUCGGAACAUAACCCCGAUUUACAAUAUUGGGUUAAUGGUAAACUUUUAUUCACUGUGUUAUUUAACUUAAUGUCACACCUUUCUAGAAUGCAUGUGUGAUGUAUAGCGAGGUAUACCUGAACUGUAUGAGAAAUGUGCUGGAUUGCUUAAGGGUGAAGAAUGCAAUGGGUGCAUUUAAAGAAAACUUGAAGCCUACUUUCAUUUUGAGUACAGUACAGUACAAACAGGUAAAGUAGAAAGUGUAUUUUGUGUGAGAGCCAAAGUUGCAUUUGUUUGCAAAAGCUACUAUUCAGUUUUAUUUGAGUUAGAAAAUGGUAAUAUAUUAGGUAAUACUGUAUUAGCCAGCAGAUCUAAAGCUUGCAUUUUGCUAAACCCUGGAAAUGAGCUUUUUUUAAAUACCAGUACUGUAUACCAUACUUUAUUGUAUUGGUUCAUAAAGUAAUGUUAGACAGUGGAUUACCAGAAAUGAGAGAAGGUUGCCAGAUUCAUUGUGCACUAGAACCCUUUAGGUUCCUGUACAGUGCUGCAGUAUAGAAAUUUGGGUCAUGCAAACACUGAAAUACAGUGCAGUAUACUGGUAAGUGAGAAUAAUUACAUAACAUUUCCAAAGACACUUGAACCUACAGCAUGUUCUCUUCCUAAAUAUUAAUAUAAACACACAGUGCAGUACUGUACUGUCUUUUGUCACUGAAAAAAUAACUUAGAAAUAUGAGAAGAAUGCAAUUUAAAAUUAAAAAAAUUAAAGAAACAAGCAAAUUCAGCUCAUUGGAGAUGGUGGUGGACGGUCUAGUUGUGGUGGCAGUUGAUCCGGGUGUUUGGUGGGCAGACAGUUUUCUUAGUAUUUAGUUUGAAAUAUGCUCUUAUUUUUGUGCUAGCUGCAGCAUCUCCAGAAAGCUGCAUAGGGUGCUUAGGAAUUAUUAUAAAUCCCCCAGAAAUAAUACAUAAAAGGUACAAAUACAAGACUUAUUAUAGCAUGUGGUGCACCGAGUACAGGAACACAGUCAAGUAAUGCAAGAGAUGUGUGGUUACUGAUGCGGUUUCUACUUACCAGGCACAUUCAGGAUGGCAGACACGUCAGUAUACGCACCAUCCACAUUGAGUGACGAGUGAGCUAGCCUUGCUAACCAUGUUGUAUAAUGAUCCCCUUUGCAUGGUAGCUUUCUUUAUUGUGAUAGCCAGUUGUAUGUGUUGAUCAUCACACCUCACCCUCACCUGACAGUUGCAGGCUGCUCUUAUAAUGGGUCAUCUCUCCCUUUUAAAGUUUAAGAAGAAAAGUACAGUAGAUAGUGUAAAGGUUGCUCUCUGGAGGUAGAAGGUCUGGUUAAAGUUGAACUAUUUAGUUAAUACUUGUGCUACUGCUAUGGGCCACCAUCUUUGAUUUUUAGGCCAAUCCACCAUCUUGCUCCAGUCCCCACCCAGCCAACACUCCUGGAGAGCAAUAAUGCCUGCUUGACUCUUAACAAAAGCUAAGUGUCCACCCCAUUACAACACUUCAGGUAUAGUUAUCAGGAAUUAUACUAAGCAAAAAUUUAGUAUGAACUUAUGAUUGAAUUUUGUCUUUCUGAUAUAAUUUCAUAAGGGUGUUAACAAAAUGGCUUCCUCUCAGAGUCUGAGCUGUUGAAAUUGACUAGCAUCUUUGGACCUGAGGUAAUAAUGGACAGUACUUAGAGGGUGGAACGAGUAGUCUGUGGGUAGAUCUGGAUGUGUACUGGCUUCGGGAAAACAAUUAGAUGGCUAUGGUAUAGGGGUACUCGGCACAACCCCCAUGAGGAUUAAAUAUUGCAGCACAUAAAAUCCCCUUCCCAUGUAUACCAUAGAAAUUUUGUUUGUUUGUACUGUAUCUGCAACUUUCAUAGUUAAUCAUACAAAAACCCUUCAGAAGUUUUCAACCUAGCUUGUAAUAUGUUAGGGUUGGGUAAUAAGUGCAGUUUUGCUUGGGGUGAUCUUUGAAAUUCCCCGUCUUAUCCACUAAAUCUCAGGUACAUCCCACAGUUGUACAGCUACUGCAUAUCUAUGGGACAUAAUAUGACAAGGCAUCAUCAAGCAUUUUGCACCUGGAUAACAUGAACUUUGCCUGUGCUUUAGAAACAGCACUCAUUGAAUAUAACAAUCUUAUAAUUCAAUAUUACAGAGCCCUAUAAUUACACUCCUUAAUGUUGUGGCUGUGAAAACCCUUCCCUUUUGUUAUUUUUCUGGAUUAUAAUUAUGACCAAGGUUCUAAUUUAUUAUAUUUUUUUUUCCAAGUAAAUGGCAUUGUACUUAGUGAAAGUCAAGUCUUGGUGUAUUAUGUGGCCUGACUUUUAGGAUUCAAACUGGAGGUAGGGAAGUGGAGUGGUUAAUGUAAUAAGGAAAUCUGGCUAAUUAUGAAGGCUUGAUGUGUUGACACCAUUUUGAUAUUUCAUCUUGGCAAAACUUUUAUUUUUUUUAUUUGAGGUCUCCAGGUUUGUUUCUGUAUUAUAAUCUUAUGCCUUUUGAGACACAGGAAGACUUAAGGCCUAAUCCCCCCUUGCUUACUGCUCGCUAUAUUGUUUUCCACAAUUUUAUGUUUUGUAUGAUGUUUGGUUCUCUGAAGAGACUUACAGACCCUCACAACCCAGGCCCCUCAUUGGCUGUGCACAUGACUUCACGUCAUUGCUCACCACUGACUGGCUGUGCUUGUUGUUAAUAUGCCAGUACGGUAUUCCCCCAGCCUAGGGAGCUAUCGCGUGCAAGGGCGAAAUUCCUAUAUUUUUCCAAGGCAUAUCUACCUUCCAAAACAUAUCUAGUUUUAUAGAGAUUCCUCUGGCAAAACAUUGAAAUAAUGAUCUUCUUUUUCCAUGGUUGGUCAGUAAGUUGCUCUUCCACCGAGUACCUCAUAUGAAUUACUGGGUAGGUAGGUAGGUUGGUUCUUGUUAGACUUCUUUUUUCCAGAGGGUAACCUUUGCAUGUACUGUAAUCCCUUUGUUUUGAAGGUGAUGGUUGUGAUAGAGAGGAAUGGGUAAUUGAUUGUAAGAUAAGCUAGACCCUGACAAUUGCUUAGCACACAGUCAGCGAGAGAAUUGGAAUCUAGGAUCAUUCCACCAUUUAUAUGCUUGUUAUAGAAAUAUUCCAUUCUCUGGUACAAAUUUCUAAUAUACCCGGUAUAUACUGUAAAGUGUAAGCUGACUAAUGCUCCUUAUCAAGAAAUUAUAUACAGAAGUUUAGCAUUGUGUUAUACUUUACAUUGUUUGUUUCACUCUACUACAGUUAGGAUCUUCAUUUUGAGAUAUAGUUUGCUCAGUAAUUCUAAAAAGUACUUGUUUGACUCUGUAGUUGACCAUGUAAUGUCAUGAUUAUCAGUUGUUAUCUGCUUUUUAUUUCAUAUUGUGUAGUAAAUAUAACAACUUCAUUUGUUGGUAUUUCUUUACUGUAUCAGAAGGAGUCAAACUACCUUCAAGCAGUGUUUCCAAUAAUUAACUCAUUUAAAAGAAACCAAACCUCUCCAAGGAUGAUGUGUCAAGUGUUUCUCCGGAUGUAAUAGACAGCGUUUUUUUUACUGUCAUUCAAAGACAUAAAGAUUACUGUAUAAAAAUGAGCAGGUUGCAUUAGUUAAAAAGAAAAUAAUUCUUUUAUAGAUGAAAAUAUUAACCUGAAUACUUAGGACUUAUUUUGGAGAUGGAUUUUGUGUAAGAAUAAUCGUCACAUAUAUUUUCUUGGUGUACAGUAUAUAACAGAUAUUAUGAGAGAUUUAUUGUUUCAUGUAAUAUAUUCCUACAGUGAUAAUAUAAUACAGUAGCAGUUGUUACAUGAUAUUUUUUGUUGGUAACUGGGAAAGCAGGUUUUUAAAUAGUUGCACAGCAGAUUUUCUUUCACAGAUCUUCAACAUACCUCCUGAUUAAUAUGGAAACUUUUACUUUAGCUUUAAAGAAAGGUGAUGCAGAAAGUGUUGUGCAAAUCUUACUAAGCUGCUUAAUCAGGUAUUAUUUCUUGCACUAUCUCAGUUUAAAAUUAUUCAGUUAGCUCUGACCAUUGGAUAAAAGCCACAUUUAAUUUUGUUCAUUAGUCGGAAAAUAAAAUUAUUGUAUGUUAUUUUAUAACCAUGUUGCACAUGUUAGGCAAAAAAAUAUGUGAAAAGGACACUGCCUUAAAAUAGAAGUGGGGCACAGUUCAAUGGCUGAUUGUUUAUUUAUUUUUUCCAAGGGACAUCACAGGCAGUUAGAGGGUAAUGGUAAUUAUUAUGACCAUUAAAUUCCAAUCCUAUUAUUUACAUGACCCUUCUAAUUAUAUAUUCUAUAUACUCUGACUUCAGAGCCAUUUGGCAAUAAUAAUUUUAGUUAAUCACUUACAUUUUGUUUUUUCUUUUUGCAUAAAUAUAUAACUAGAACUGCACAUAUGAGCCGUUGCAAACAUUAAAUGUGACCUUGACAUGUAUGUCGAAAUCCAUUUUCUGUAGUAACUAUUAUUUCCAGUCUGUAGAGGAGAGUUAACGUUAUCACAAGAUGCGAGGCUGUCAUCAGUAUUGGAAAAAUUUGACAUAUUUGAAGGGGUGUAUAUUUGGUGAGUGCUGGAGCCACAUGUUAUGCUCAUUGGCCCAGCCACCUGCUCGGGUUGUCGCUGAUAUUUGCCCAGCCAACAGCAAUAUUUAGCCCUUCAAAUAAGUCUAAUUUCCCUUAUACCACCUUGGCAAUUUGUGAUAACGUUAACUCCUCUACAGACUGGAGAUAAUUGUUACUACCGAAAAUGGAUUUCCACAUACAUGUCGAGGUCACAUGUGUCAAAGUCGUAACUAAUGUCCGCUACACCUCAUAUACAGGAUAACAUGAAUAACAAAUUUUAGAAUACCGGUACAUCUGUAUUUUCAUUAUAAUUGUUAUGUUUUUAUAUUACUAGAGUAGUAGUAUUAAUUUCAGGAGGAGUAUUAUUAUUACUUUCUCUGUUACUCAAGGAAAAUUUGCUGUUGAUAAGUAAAUUAUGUUCAUGAGAUCUGAACUUAGUUAUUUACUAAUGCUGAGAGCUUUUGCCAUCAAACUUUAUGAUGAGUUUCAUGAUGUUUAACCCUGGAAGCUCAUGAUUUUAGAUUGAGAUCAGUCAGAGAUCAAUUGCAAGAUAUAAUUCUUGUUGACCAUUGAGGUUGGUAUAUCAUUGAAGAGGAUUAUUGCUCUAGCGAUUUAACACCAUGUAUUUGUCUUCAUAUUUUCUUUUGAGAUUCCUGAGGGUAGUCCAUAUUAGUUUUGCUUUCAACCAAAAUUUUCAGUUUGUUUAUAAUAGCAACAUGAAAUGGCAAGGCUCCCCUGCAUGGGGUGGAUUAAGACCAGUAUACAACAUCUUUAACUUUGGCAGAUUAAUCAACUAGUUUCAUUUAUCAAAUUCAGUCUGCUAAGUUAAAUGAAAUACACAAAAGUUAUUUACAAAUUUAAGGUAUGCCAAGUUGAUGGGGAAUUGUUAUUGCCUUGAUGUCACCCCAGAGUGAAUAAACAUCCAUGAGAGCAUAGAUUUCCACACUAAAAAUAAAUAACUACAACUUUAAAUCCUGAUAAUAAUUAUCAGCAACAUCAUAUCUGAAGAUGUUCUGGAUAUUUUUUCAUGAAAUUAGGUUUGGAACUUGUCUGUGCCGUAUUAGUUAUUUAAAGAAAUACUACUGGCUGUUCAUUAUUGCCAUAUACAGGUGUAUAUAUAUUUUAUUAUUUUUUUUCUUAAGCAGCAUAAUGCCUAAAAAAAAUUUAAAGUACAGUACUAAAUGGAUGGAUUUUAGGUAUAUAUUCUAACUUGUGAAAGCUAAGGGUAAUGUAACAUGUUUUCACAUGGUAAAAUUCUGAUACCUUUUUUGCUUUGUUUGCAUGAACAUUUUAUAUUAACAAGAAUGUGCCAAAUUUACUUAAGAAUGUACACAAAAUGCAUAUUGACUUGAAAGAUCAGUGUUCUGUAUCCUGAAAUCUUUAAAAAUGUCGAGUAUCAGUACCAUAGAGGACUAUAAUAGUGUUGUAUGUAAACCAGGACUUGACAUAAUUUUGGGGAGUUUUGAGCAGAUACUUGGACUUCAUUUAACAAAGGUGUGUGACUUUUUUUCACUUGUAUAUUCCACUCUAUGCUAGUAGAAAAUAAUAUUAACAAAUGCAUAACUGAAUUUUAAGACAUUAUUCCUGAUAUUAUAUAUUUUUUUGUAACAGCCUUGACAUUAUUAUAUACACUUAUUACUUGAGGUUGAUACAGGUAUAUUUAGCUUAAGUCUGGGAUCAGGGAUAUUGAUAGUUUGAAAGGUUGAGACAAAUUGCACAGUGUGUUCUGGUUUGUUUUGCUGCAAAACAUUCUCCUGAUAUCUAGGAGAAUGGUAAUGAAUCACAGAUAAACAGAUGCCUUGGCAUUGCCAUAAGUUUAAUGAAUAUACUCCUGCAAAAUUAAUGGGAUAAAUAUCUUCAGAGUAUCUUUAUGAGAUUGACAUUGAAUCUCAAAUUAGUUAAGACAUUGAAUAAGAAUACUAACUAAGAAAGUUAAGCUCCCUUAGCACUUAAUGCUAAAGUUUUAUGAAGAUGCUUUCAGUGUUUAUUAAAAAAAAUAAAUAAAAAAAUCAAAGGCACCUGCUGACCUUUGCGAUCUACUCUCAAUUCUUGUAAGAAAGAUAGAGGUGAUCAGAGGAUUAUCAAACUAGAGAAUCCUGUGUUCAUCUCAGAAGAACCUUGUAGUAACUAGACUCAGCAUUACCAAUUACAGCAAGAGGACUAUAUGUCUGGAUGAUUUUUCAUUUAUUGAUCCUGCUUACAAGAACUUAUAUCUAGAGGGAUGAUCAAAAUUGCAAAGAUGAUUACUAGGAAGUUUUUCCAAAGUGAACCCAGGUGUGGAAUUCAGCAUGUGUUGCAAUACCAGACUUGUGUGCUUGCAAAUGUGAACAGUGAAAAGAAAUUGAAGCACAAUAUACUCACGAAAAGUAAGUUACAUAAUACUGUACUCAUGUAUUAGGAAAAAUGUCUCAUAUGAAUAAUGUGUUUUGGGGUGAGGGUGUGUGUGUGUAUUUUGGCAGGUAUUACUUUCUUUUUUUUGCACAGACUUAAGGACUUGGUGUUGGUGUGUGGGGCCACAUUUUUAACCUUUGGCAAAAGAUCUGAAGCUUCUUGGAAGCUCUUUACACUUUGUAAAUAAAAUGUUUCUGUGACCCCAUUGUUCAGGGUGGAUAGAAACAGAACCCUUUUAAGUGUUGCUUCUCCAUGCUUAAAAUACAUGUAGGAGGUAAACUUUCAUUAAUCUUUGUAGUUUAUUACUCUGUCCUAUUACUACUGAAUCUUGCAGAGAUGUUUCACUUUAAUAUGAAUGUCUUUGUAUGUGUAAAUUCCCCUUGGAUGAAUCGAGUGAUUUUGCAUUUUUGAUAGUAAAGGGACGACUUUUCAUUGUCCACAACAGUGCAUUUCAAGCAGUUGAUACACAAACAUUUUUUAUAGCAACUCAUCAACAGGUGUAUACUUAUUUGCUGACUUUGUCAGUUAUACAUGUUUUUCUGUUAAAGGUAAAUGGAUCAUGUUAUUUGCAUCAGGUCAAAAGCAAAUGCAUUUUUUUUAUAUGGAAUUUGUGUAUUCUGAUAAGUAUCAUUCCUAUUUUAAUCUCAGUACUGUAUAGUGUAAUUCAUUCAUUCAUGCAUUAUUUCAAAUGUCAUAAAUACCACAAUAAAAUAAAUUGUUAACGUUA